AGGAGGUGGGAACAAGUGAAAAUAACAGGAGGACAGAACGGAGACCAGAGGGAAAAUGAGAAGAGAAGACAUGAUACAAGCUUCACUGACCGGAUGACAUUCACACAGUGGCAGGACAAGCCUCCACGUGUGAAGGACUGAGAGGGAGAGUAAGGGGAGCGCUUGGUGGAGCCUUGUACCACACCGGGGCGCACAGGAGCUGGGACAACCCUGAAGGGACACCUGAGCUGGGAAGAGACACCUCCUGAAGUACAGGAGUUUAGCAGCACCUCACGGGAGACAGAGUCAGUGGAACACCCAACAACAACCUGCUGUCGCUCCUCCUCUCCUCACAACCGACUCUCACCCCCCCCCUCUCUCUCUCCUCCUCCACAACCCUCCCUCCGUCUCUCAUUUGAUCCCAUCCCUCACUCCCUGCACCACAGAGGAAGAGCGUGUGCUGAGAGAAGAGUUUGGAAGAUAAGUCAAAGAGGGAAUCAGAAAUGGCGCUCACAUCACUAUCCUGGUGUCUCAGUGCAGUUUUGUUGCUGGUUUGUUGCACUCCGUGGCCCCAGGUGCAGUCAGCUCUGGCUCCUGAGAACGAGGUGCCACUUCGACCAACUUCAUGGUUACCUGAGGGAAAGAGCAUGUCUGUAACCCUCCCUAAAGGAAAAACACGCAGGUUAUAUUUUACGCUGAAGAAGAAGGCCUCUGCGAUGUCAGUGACUGUUAGCCCCUGUGACCUUCCAAUUGAAUGGAGCUUGGCUGCUCGCACUUUGAAGGACAAACCCCUCAAAAACCUUCACUGGAAUACUAAAAAGAGUAUGCCUGAGGUGUGGUGGCGAGGUCCUGGGACUGAGGAAAAAAUACACAGCUUCACUGGUAAUGCAGUGGACACCUACAGAGGCCUUUCCCAUUCCCAAGCUUCCAUCUACAUCUUAAGGCUUCGCUCUAAACAGCAGAACACCAGAGCUACCGUGUACCUCCAUGAAGGCCUGGUGCCCUCAGGCAUCUUUCCUCUGCUCCCAGGUGACCCACGAGUUCACUUGUUAGGUGUAGGCAUGACAAGUGUCACCCUCACUUGGACCCCCAGCACCUCUGUAACCAGCCUUCCAUAUGAAGAGAACAGUUAUUAUUACUGUGUCCUUGUCAACUCUCUUCAGAACUACCCCAGCCUUUGUGCUGUGCAAGAAAGCAUGAGAAAGGAAAAAGAUCAGAAACAGGAUAAGAAGGAGAGGAAGACAGUCACAGUGUGGCCAAUUUUGAAAGACUGGUGGUGGCAACAGUGGGACACUUAUCCUGAAGCCCAGAGUCCAUCUCCUUUCCUCUCUGAUGAGUAUGCUGAUCUCCGAUGCAUAUGUCAGGGUACAGACAGUGUUUGCACCGUCUCUGAGCUCCUGCCUGACUCCCCCUAUUACUUUGACGUUUUUGUGAUUGACAGAAUAAAUGGGACCAGCGCUGCAUACAAGGGGACAUUUGCUCGAACACAUGAAGAGGCUCGACCUGCAAUCACCCCUUUGAGAGAAGGAGAGCUGAGGUGGGUGACAUUUAAAGAUGGAGGCAUAAACUCAGAGCAGUUAUUCAGUUUCCAUCCUCGGGGCUGGCAGCAAAGCGGCCUCCUUACCUUACAGAGCUGUGGUGGAGGUGAAAAGAUCAAGGUAACUGUGUCUAGUAAAGGCCAAGUUUUGACCUCUCAGGGUGUUGGGAGAAACUUGGCACACAUUUGGCUUCAGGGAAGUCCUUCCUAUCUCAUCCACUUGGAGAGAGAAGGAGCUGGACAGACCUCUUCUUUUAUAGACCCAAGUCUACCAGGGGGUUUGAUGGCUUCAGUCAAAAUGCAGAUAUCAUCAGCCUACCACCGCAGAGGGGUCCCAUCUUUGCCUUCCACCCUGCAAAUAAAAUCCUUCAACCGGUUGCGUGGAUGCAACAGUAUCACCCUGGCUUGGAUGGGCACAGAGGAAAGAAGCCUGUACUGUGUGUACCACAGAAAGCUUGAGAACCUUGAUGCAAAGGCCGGGGGAGAAUCAACUCUUACUGCACCCUGUUUGGGGCCAGAGUCACGCUCUGACACUGAGAGGGCUCUCUGCAAGUAUUUCCAAGAGCUGAAUCCUCGAAGGGCUGUCACUACCGCUGUGAUCGAGGGCCUGGAGCCAGGAACGUCCUAUGUGUUUGAUGUCUAUCUAAUGAGACGCUGGGGGAUCCCUAUCAAGUAUGCCAGCAAGAUGGUGAAGACCAGAAAGGAAUGCUGAGCUGCUGCCCCCUAGAGGAAGUUUUUCAACUGUCCCAGUUUAAGGGGAAAAUGCAUCAGCCAUGGACAUGCUGUAAAGACUGACCAAGAGCACAAAGCCAUUUGACUGUUGUGAACAGAAAGGAUCUCUUGGAGAAGCAGUGGGUACAUUCAAACUGGAAAGCAUAUGAGAAGGAUCAGCACACCAGCAAAAGUUCAUAACAUUUACAGUACAACUCGUGUGCUCUUGUCAUUUUGUUUCUCAUUGUUGAUCAUGGUAAUGACAUGCCACUUGUCCAAGUGCUUAUUUUGUGUCUGAGUACAAAGGACAGGCAAGAUUUGCAAUGACAGAAAGUCAAUAGAAAAGCAACAGCAGAGACCGUGCCGAAUAUGCAACAGAAGCAGAUGGGGCAAUAAUUUGACAACAUCUGAGACAGCACGGUUUGCAGUGUAUAUCUCCAGUUCAGCAUAUUGUACAGGCUUAUAAACACAGGUGGGCGCAGUUUAAAGAUGCUAAUUUCAAAGUCAGUGUGUAUCUUUGUGUUCUGCUUUCGCAUGAAGCAGUGAGAAAUACUUAGUGACUUGCCUCUGUGUCUUUGAUGUAUUCUUGUGCUGCUUCAAACUCACCAAUAAAUACUACAGUAUCUAGAUGUUUUUGGCUGAGUGAUGAAUGUUAAACCUGCCACCAAGUAGAUUUAGAUAGCUUCUUUU